GCCGGGUCCCGGAGCCCGCGGCCUAAGGGAUGGACGAGACAAGUCCACUGGUGUCCCCCGAGCGGGCCCAACCCCCGGACUAUACCUUCCCGUCGGGCUCGGGCGCUCACUUUCCGCAGGUGCCAGGGGGCGCGGUCCGAGUGCCAGCGUCGGCAGGUUCGGUCCCUUCUCCGCCAAGUUCCCCGGGCCACGACCGGGAGCGGCAGCCUCUGCUGGACCGGGCCCGGGGCUCGGCGGCCCAGUGUCAGACCCAGACCGUGGCGGCGCAGGCCCAAGCUCUGGCUGCCCAGGCCGCGGCGGCGGCGCAUGCCGCACAGGCCCACCGCGAGCGGAAUGAGUUCCCCGAGGACCCCGAGUUCGAGGCGGUGGUGCGGCAGGCCGAGCUGGCCAUUGAGCGCGGCAUCUUCCCGGAGCGCAUCUACCAAGGCUCCAGCGGAAGCUACUUCGUAAAGGACCCUCAGGGGAAGAUCAUUGCUGUCUUCAAACCGAAGAAUGAAGAACCAUAUGGGCACCUUAAUCCCAAGUGGACCAAGUGGCUGCAGAAACUGUGCUGUCCCUGCUGCUUUGGCCGUGAUUGCCUUGUCCUCAACCAGGGCUAUCUCUCUGAGGCAGGAGCCAGCCUGGUGGACCAAAAACUGGAACUCAACAUUGUGCCCCGUACAAAGGUAGUAUACCUGGCCAGUGAAACCUUCAACUACAGUGCCAUUGACCGAGUGAAGUCCAGAGGCAAGCGGCUUGCGCUGGAGAAAGUGCCAAAAGUUGGACAGCGGUUUAAUCGCAUUGGGCUCCCGCCAAAGGUUGGUUCAUUCCAGCUCUUUGUUGAAAACUACAAAGAUGCAGACUAUUGGCUGCGACGUUUUGAAGCAGAACCACUCCCUGAGAACACUAACCGGCAACUCCUGCUGCAGUUUGAGCGGUUGGUGGUGCUAGAUUACAUCAUCCGCAACACUGAUCGAGGCAAUGACAACUGGCUGAUUAAAUACGACUGUCCAAUGGAUAGUUCUAGCUCCCGGGACACAGACUGGGUGGUGGUCAAGGAGCCUGUCAUCAAGGUGGCUGCUAUAGACAACGGGCUGGCUUUCCCACUGAAGCAUCCUGACUCUUGGAGGGCGUAUCCUUUUUAUUGGGCCUGGUUACCCCAGGCAAAAAUCCCAUUCUCUCAGGAGAUCAAAGAUUUGAUUCUUCCAAAGAUUUCGGACCCUAACUUCGUCAAGGAUUUGGAAGAGGACCUGUAUGAACUCUUCAAGAAAGAUCCUGGUUUCGAUAGGGGCCAGUUCCACAAGCAGAUUGCUGUCAUGCGGGGACAGAUCCUAAAUCUGACCCAGGCUCUGAAAGACAACAAGAGUCCCCUGCACCUCGUCCAGAUGCCGCCUGUGAUCGUGGAGACGGCCCGUUCCCACCAGAGGUCCUCUAGCGAGUCCUACACGCAGAGCUUUCAGAGUCGGAAGCCCUUCUUCUCGUGGUGGUAGCCCGGGAGGCAGGCUGAGGCAGCGUCGCCUGAGACUUGGAUGGAGAGGAAGCCUGGGGAACAGGCUGCCAGAAAAGUCAGAGAAGCUGCUGGAGAGCAGUGCCCUUCGCGGCCCUCCGUCUCUGCCCAUCACCUCCCAGGGCUCUCCCACGCGUGGGGAGAAGCUCAAGCAGAGGGACAGUGUGUGCUCCUGGGCCCUUCUGUGUGCUGAGGAGGGUCAGCUCCCCGCAAGGAGUGCACAUGCCUGAGAAGGGUCGCCCUCUUCCAGCAUCUUCUGGGGGCAGGCUGGGAAAACCCCUUCCCCCGCUCUGCUGCAGUUCCUCAUUAUUGGUUAUGUUCUGCAUCA